AUGGCGGCGGAAGAUACAUGUCCCGUGCCAGGCGCCGCGUCCAACGGCGCAGCAUCCGCGCCCCCAUCAGCAUGUCCAGACACUUUAGGGGAGCCAGCUGGCGCUCGUGCGCCGUAUGAUUGCGGCGUACGCCUAAGCGCGCCGAGCAGCUUGGCGGCGCAGCAGGGCGGGCGCGAGGCGGGGGGAAACGAGGAGGCGGUGACGGCGGGGUCGGUGCACCGUGCCAUCGUGCGACACGCGCACUGCUCGCUCGCGUGCGGCGAUCGCGACAACCUGUCGCCGGGCGACGUUUACCGCGCGGCUGCGAUGAGCGUGCGAGACCACCUGAUCGCGCGGAUGGAUGCGACGGAACGCGCUUACGACGACGCGGGGUGCAAGCGGGUGUACUAUCUAUCAAUGGAGUACCUUAUAGGGCGGAUGCUGCAGCUGGCAGUCACAUGCCUCGGCCUCGAUGAGCAGUACAGCGCAGCGCUGCAGCAGCUGGGGGUGAGCAUGGAGGAGGCGGCAGAGGAGGAGCGCGACCCGGCGCUGGGCAAUGGCGGGCUGGGCCGCCUUGCUGCAUGCUUCCUCGACUCCCUCACCACUCUGAACCUCCCCGCCUGGGGCUACGGGGUGCGGUACCGCUACGGCAUGUUUGAGCAGCGGGUGGCGGCGCUGAGGCAGCAGGAGGCGCCGGACGCGUGGCUGCACCCGUGGGGGUGCCCCUGGGAGAUCCCGCGCCCCCACGUGCGCCACGCCGUGCGCUUCUUUGGCCACGUGGCGGUGCGUGUGGAGGGCACGCGCACGCGGUACCGGUGGGAGGGCGGCGAGCAGGUGGAGGCGGUGGCGAGCGACAUCCCCGUGCCGGGCUUUAAGUCCGCCUCCGUCAACCGCCUCCGCCUCUGGCGCUGUGAGCCGCUCUCGGGCGGCUUCGACUUGUCCUUAUUCAACGCGGGGCGGCACGUGGAGGCGGUGGGCGGGGCGGCGAGGGCGGAGGCGAUCAGUGCGGUGCUGUACCCCGAGGACAGCAGCGAGGCGGGCCGCCAGCUGCGCCUGCAACAGGAAUACUUCUUCGUCUCCGCCACACUGCAGGACAUAAUAUCACGGCACGUGACAUCAGGCCGCCCGGUGUCAUCACUCCCAGAGGCAGCAGCGGUGCAGCUGAACGACACACACCCAGCUCUAGCAGUGCCAGAGGCCAUGCGUCUACUGCUGGACGAGCACGGGCUGGAGUGGGGCGAUGCCUGGCGGGCCACCGUGGCGCUGCUGGCCUUCACCAACCACACCGUGCUGCCCGAAGCGCUGGAGCGCUGGCCGGUUCCUCUGCUGCAGACAGUGCUGCCGCGGGUGAUGGAUCUGAUCUUCGAAAUCAACCACUGGCACCUCCAGGAGGUGGAGGCGAGGUGCAUGGGGGAGGGGCAACGCAUGGCACGGCUGUCGAUCAUAGAGGAGAGUCACCCCAAGAUGGUGCGCAUGGCCGUGCUGGCAGCCGUUGGAUCGCACGCCAUCAACGGCGUAGCAGAACUGCACUCCACGCUGCUGCGCACGCAGCUGUUUCCAGACUUUGUUGACCUCUUCCCCACCCGCUUCCACAACAAGACAAACGGCGUCACCCCGCGCCGCUGGCUGCUGCUCGCCAAUCCGCGGCUCUCACAGGUGAUCACCAAGUGGCUGGGCUCAGACGAGUGGGUGCGGGACCUCUCCCUCAUCCAGGGGCUGCGGGCACACGCUAACUCGCCCGCGCUGCAUGCUGACUGGACCGCUGCCAAGGUGGCCAACAAGGAGCGGCUCGCGCUGUAUAUUCGCAAGACGUGUGGCGUGCAGGUGGAGAGUGCUGCGCUGUUUGACUGCCAUGCGAAGCGCAUCCACGAGUACAAGCGGCAGCUGCUCAACAUCCUGGCGGUCAUCCACCGCUACAACAGCAUCAAGUGCAGCAGCUUUGAGGAGAGGGCGCGCAUGGUGCCACGGGUGGUGGUCAUUGCAGGCAAGGCAGCGCCGGGCUACUUCCGGGCCAAAUGCGUCAUCCACCUCAUCAACGCGGUGGCGGCGAGGGUGAACAGCGACCCGGACAUCAGUGGGCUGCUCAAAGUGGUCUUUCUGCCCAACUACAGCGUCUCCCUCGCCCAGCUGAUAGUGCCAGCGAGUGACAUAUCGCAGCACAUAUCAACAGCAGGAAUGGAGGCCUCAGGCACGAGCAACAUGAAGUUUGCCCUCAACGGGGGGCUGCUGCUGGGCACCAUGGACGGCGCCACCAUUGAGAUCGCCAACGCCAUUGGCCGCGAGAACGUGUUUGUGUUUGGUGCGCUGGCCCACGAGACGCACUCGCUGCGCCACUCGCUGCGCUUCCGCCAACCCAUCCACGACGACCGCCUCGUUCAGGUGGUGCGCACGAUCGAGGCGGGGGUGUUUGGGCUGGCAGACGACUUUCGGCCGCUGCUGGAGUCGCUGGGCGGCGGCAAUGAUUACUUCCUGCUCUCCCACGACUGGCCCUCCUACCUCGACGCCCAGCAUUCAGUGGACACGCUCUUCCUCAACCCCACUGAGUGGUGCCGCCGCUCCAUUAUAGCAGCAUCAAUGAUGGGCCGAUGCAGCAGUGACCGCACCAUUGCCGAAUACGCACGGGACAUCUGGCACCUCCAGUCCGCCCCCACCUCUCCGUCCAAGCCGCCGCCCUUCGCGCGGCGAGCAGGCAGCGCCGACGCCGGCUCGAUAGCGUCCGACGCGGGCAGCGCGUACGCUGAGAGCUCCGCGUCGGGCGACGACGACGGGAGUGCGGGGUGGAGCAUGGCGGGCGAGGAGGGCAAGUCGAACGACGCGUUCCACGUCAUCCACAAGCUGGUGGACAAGGACCCGGUGCGCGCGAUCGCGCUGUUCUGGUCGGCGAUCAACGCGGGCGACCGCGUGGACAGCGCGCUCAAGGACAUGGCGAUCGUGAUGAAGCAGCAGAACCGCCCCGAGGAGGCCAUCGAGGCCAUCCGCUCGCUGCGCCACAAGUGCUCCGAGGUGGCGCAGGAGUCACUCGACAACGUGCUGCUGGACCUCUUCAAGCGCUGCGGGCGCCUCGACGACCAGGUGGCGCUGCUCAAGCACAAGCUCGACAUGAUCCGCCAGGGCGUCGCAUUCAACGGCAAGCGCACCAAGACGGCGAGGUCCCAGGGGAAGAAGUUCCAGGUGUCGAUCGAGCAGGAGGCGACGCGGCUGUUGGGGAAUCUGGGGUGGGCGUACAUGCAGCUGGGAAAUUAUGUGGCGGCGGAGUCGGUGUAUCGCAAGGCGCUGCGCGUGGAGGCGGACAGCAACAAGGUGUGCAACCUCGGCAUCUGCCUCAUGAAGCAGGCCCGCAUCGUCGAGGCGCGCGCGUUGCUCGAGUCCGUGUCGCCCAACAGCGACCCGCGUUGGGGAUCCGAGUCGCACAUUAAGGUGAGCCUAAGAUGCCUCUUGGUCUCUCGCAUUGCUCAUCAAAUUCGUGUCUCGCCCUCCACCCAUCCACCCGUCUUGCAUUCUGUCUCAACGCUCGUUUCCAACCUUCCUUCGUCUCUUUCUCGUCACGUGCCGCCAUGGCAGUCGUACGAGCGCGCACAGAGCAUGCUCGUGGAGCUCGAGACGUCAGCGGCGGCGGCCGAAUCGGCCAAGGAUGGCGCAGCUGCCAGCGCGGGCACCAGCGGCGGGGAGGACGCUAGCGCCAGUGACACGGGCGGUAAAUCCGCCGCCUCCGCCUCCGCGCCGUCCGCAGCACCCAGCGGCGAUGGGGUCUCGUCCGACAAGCUCCCGCAAGUCAAGCCCGCGUUUCGCGGCAUGGGUGGCAUGGGCAUGGGCAUGGGCUUGGCGCGCAGCUCGUUCCAGCGGCACUCGUCGUACCUGUGCGAGUUCCUGGGUGCGCCCGACAUGUGGGACUCGCUCGUGGCUGACAGCAGCGCCGCCGUGGGGAACGCAACUGCGGAAGGAGCGCCGGCAGCUCCACAAGGCGCCGCAGGCGGUUCUUCGGGCAUCGCGGGCAUGCAGUCGCGGGGACCGCCGGAUGCGCCGCCGCCGCAGCAGCAGCAGCAGCGGCCGCUGCAGGCGCAACUGCAGUGCAUGCGGAGGCCGCCAGCGACCGGCGCUAUGGCGCGGACAAUGAGCAUGGGCGCGGGGUGCGGCAACCCGCUCGCGCGCUCCAUGAGCUUCGGCGGAGCGGAUGCGCGCGGGGGGCUGUCGUGUCUCAAGCCCAACGCGCCCGAGUUCAUGCCCGGGUCGUUCGGCCCCAUUCCUCCCCCCGGCCACGGCUCCGCUCCGCCCUUCAUGCACGGUGCUCCGCCCCCGCCUCCCCCUGGCGACGGCCGGCGCACGCUCACCGCCUCCCGCUCGCUCCCCCCGUUGCAAAUUCCCACGGCGGGAUUCGCGCAUGCGGCGGCGUCGCCGUCGUUGGUUUCGCCGCUGGGUCCCAUGUCAAGCGGCUCGCUCUCGUGCUCCUCGAGCUUUGGCGCCGCGUCGUGGGAUGACGGACUUAUGAUGUCAGCGUUCGAGAGUGACGACGACGUGCUCUGCGAAAUGCCCACCGACAGUUACCAGCCGUCUGCUGCGGCUAUCUCCGUUGCUGCGGGGGUCUGGGCAUCACAGAAGCCGCCCGCUUCGGCGCACCUCGCUGCCGCAAUGCGCAAGGGUGGCGGAUUCCCCGCGCCCGGGCAGCGCGCGUUAUACAGGGGCACAGAGAACGUUCCGCAGUACAUGGCGGGGGGUGCGCCCAUCGGCGCGGGCGGGCCUGGCGCGCGGAGGCCGCUGGUGUUCGGGUGCGAGAACCCUGCGCCAAUGGCGGCGAAGGCGCAGAUGGUGGCGGGUGGGCUGAUGGGCGGGGGCAACAUGGGCAUGCAGAUGGGCGCGGAGAUGGGCGGAGGGAUGGGCAUGACGACGGUCAUGGGCGAGCGCACGAACCUCGAGCCCCCCGCGCAGUUCAUGGGCGCAUGGGGGGCUGUGGCGCAGGGGAAGGGCGCAUGGGGACCUGCAUGGGGAGUGCCUGGAGAGGGGGGAAGCAUGGGUGAGGGGGAGAAGGCCAAGGAUCAGCAGCAGGUGCAGCAGCAGCAGUCUGUGGCGGGGCAAGAGAUGGGGGGAUCGGGAAUGAAGAGAAACAGAGUGCCGACCCCAGUGAAGGCUGCUGCUCCCAAGGGAGAGAGAGGGAGCGACGCAGAGGGAGGAGACGCGAGUGGAGCGCAGGAGGGCGGGCCGGUGGUGCCGAGGGCGCUGUGGGAGAUGCUGGGGUUCACAGGCAGCCCUGACAAGCUGCUGCUGGAGGAACUCAAGGCCACCGACAGUGCCAAGAAGCUGCUCGCCUCCGCUGGGUCUGCUGACAGGCAGCAGGGCGGCGAGCGACGCACGCUGUUUGCUGACAAUGCUGAUACUGUGGCUGCUGCUGUGGUGAGCGGUGCUGCUGCUGCCACCACUCUGAUCAGCCCCACUGCAGGCAGCUCCCACGUGGAGGUCAAGAGGCCCCGCCGCCUCCGCAUUUUCCAGGAAAUGACAUACUGUGUUCGCCAACACCGAGACGAUUUCUCGCCGACCUUUGUUGAUGUCAUUCGACCCGCUCUCCUCAGCACGAAAGCCGGCAGCCCUGGCGACAAGGUGCUUCGGUUCUUCAAGACAUUCCUCGGCGUAUUGGUCGCAGAGGGAAGCGAGGGCGAACGGGAGAUAAUGGAGGAGCUGCUGUGCCUUUUCUCGCAGUACAGCGAGGCGCGCAGCAAGGCCGUGCGGGUCAACGUCACCAGAGUGCUCUCGGAGGUGCUGAAUUCGUUGCCCGGCAGCUUCAGUCUGUCAGCCGACGCCAUCGUGAUCAUCCGCGAGUUCUUGCAUUGCCGAAUGGACGACAAAAUCGCCGUCAUCCGCGCGUGGGCCGCCAGGGCGCUCAAGCGCAUGGUGACAUUCGAGGAAGAUGGCGGGGUGGACGUGGACACGACCAUCGGGUUAUUCCGCGAGAAGAUGAAGACCGAGUCGAGCUCCGAGGUGCGCGAGGCGAUGGUGUGGUCGCUGCCGGAGUCCACGAGCACCAUUCCCGACAUUCUAGAGCGCACGGCGGACGUCAGCGAGCGGGUCAGAGCCGCGGCGUACAAGUCCUUCGCCGAGAGAUUCUUUCCCAUCGAAAGCUUCAGCAUCCGGCAGCGAGUGCAGCUGCUGUCGCAGGGUCUGGGCGACCGGUCGCCGACGGUGCGGUCGGCGUGUGUGGAGCUACUGUGUCGCGCGUGGCUGUCGCGCGACUGCGAGGGCGACCUGGUGCGACUGCUGCGACACGUGGACGCGGAGAGCCACGAGGCGGUGGCGGAAUCGGCGGUGCGGGAGGUCCUGCAGGCGCACAGCGCGGGGUGCGGCGACAUGGAGCUGGUCGUGCCUGAAGGGGGGCUGCGUGCCGCUGUCAAGCAGAUGUCCACUCCUGCAGAAGGGAGGUCGGAGGAGGCAGCAGCAGCAGGGCUGCUUACGGCGGAGGAGGCGCUCUUUUGGCGCAUGCUGUGCCUGCACCUCUCCGCGCAGGCCAAUGAGAACGGAUCAAAUGCCGCAAUAUCCGCUGGCGCAGCAGCGGUGGUGGCAGCAGAAGCAGCGAGCGACCUGAACGCGCAGCUGGAGGCCCUGCUGCCAGCCACGGCGCAGGACUACCUGACGCUGCUGGAGACGCACAUGCAAGCAGGGUCCGAGGGUCGGUUCGCAGCGCGGCAGCUGAUGCAGCUGGCGGCGGUACUCGACUUCACCGACGCCACCAUCCGCGCGCACGCCGCCGCGCUCGUGCAACGCCACCUCGUCGGCGCGCAGCCGGCGCGCGAGGGGGCGGGGGAGGAGAGCGCCGAGGCGGAGGACGAGUGGGAGGAGGGCGUGGCAGACGGCAGGUGGGGCGAGGCUCUGCUGGGGCUGGCGCAGCGCGUGCACGCCUCGGAUGCUGACGUGCUCGCUGCUCUCGUCGACGCUCUGGCUGACGUCAGCAAGCCGAUGAUGGCGGGCGUGGCGGGUGUGGAUGGUGUGAGCGAGGGGCAGUGGCUGCGGUGCGUGGCGGCGACGCGCAUGGUGCUGCGGCUGUGCUGCAAGUCGGCAGGCGGCGGAGCGUUCAGGGCGUGGAGGAACCUGCGCGUGGAGCCGCAGGAGGCGCUCAACUGCAUCCUCGUCCCCGCGGUACGCGCGCGCGCUGCCCCACGACGGUGUGCACGCAUUCGCUGCACUGCGCCCAUGACUGCAUUCAUUCUCCGUGACCCAUGUGCUCAAACAUUAUUCCCGCUUCCUCCCUCCCCCCUCCUGUGCUGCCAGGCGUCGCACCCGUCACCACUGGUGCGCGCUGAGGCCGUCGGCCCGCUGCACGCCUUCGCCAUGCUGCACGCGCCGUCCGCUCGCGCCCAACUGCCUCUGCUGCACGCCGCCGCGCGCGACUCCGCGCACCCCGGCGUGCAGAUGGCGGCCGUGCGCGCCCUCGCGGACCUGCUGCUCUGGCACCGCCCCGCCGCGCUGCUGCCCGACAUCGCUGCGCCCGCCCUUAGCGACGAGGGCGAGGGGAGUGCGGUGAGCGGGUGCAGUGCGGGGGAAGAGGCGCAGCGCGCAGGAGGAGCGCGUGGAGGUAGGGUGGCGGAGGUGGCGGAGGGGAGCGUGGACGUGCUGGUGGGGCUGGUGCCGCUGGAGGGCGGACAGGUGGACAUUGAGGGGGUGAGGGAGGACGUGCAGCGCGCAGGGCGACAGGCGGAGGGGGAGGACGAGGAAGAGGCGGAGGGCGUGGUGGGCGUGGUGUGCGAGGGGCUGAGCAAGCUGCUGCUGGCAGACGCGAGCAGGGCCGUAGGGAAGGGCGCGGAGAGGGGGGCUGAGGGCAGGGUGGAGCGAGUGUUGCAGGUGCUGGUGCAGGUGUACCUGUGCCCGGGCGCCGCUGAAGACGAGCUGCCCAGGACGCGUCAAAUGCUAGCAGAGCUGUUCAACCGAGUGGCCGUGCUGCCAGCCUGCAAGGUGGCAGCGUCACGUCUGCUGCUGCCAGUGUUGCGGCAAUUGUGGCCGCGCAAGGCGGCAGCAGCAGCGCGGCAGCCUGCAGUGCGUGCCUCGCAGCUGCUUCUCUCCCUCAUGCUCGCUCAUGGCGCCCACGGGGUCGUGCCGCCUAAGCAGAGUGGAGAGGGCGAGGGGGAGGGGGAAAGAGAGAGAGCGGAGGAGGGAGAGGAGGAGGCCGAGGGAAGAGCAGCAGGUGGUGGUGAUGGUGAGGGCGAGAAUAGUGGAGUGGGUGAGAGCAGCCGCGUGGAACAGCCAGCGGUGGGCUUCGAGUCUCUGGCUCUUGAUCUUGCUGCUGAGGUGGGUUCCCUUCCCACUCUGCUGCCCUCGUGUGCACCUCCGCCAACGGCCAUUCAGCCCUUCUAUCUCACUCUCUCCCUUUACCCGCACUGCCGCACGCUCUGCUGUGAUGCUGAGCCCUGUGUGCUGUGCCACAAACGUGCUGUCUUGCACGCCUCAAUCACCCCACAUGUCAUGCUCUUUCCCCAUCCGCCCCAGAUCCUAUCCUCCCCACUGGCCACGUCAGGCAGUGCGAGCGGGAGGGCGUACAGUGCGCACCUGGUGCACCUGCUGGUGGAGGUGCCGCUCAGAGCCUCCCAGCACGACGACGUCAAAUGCCUGCGCUCGCUGCUCCCCAUGGUGGCGGAGGCAGUGCAGGGGCAGCGUGCGGCGCAGCGGCUGGUGGAGCAGCUGGCAGCGCGGCUGAGGGCGCUGGACGCCACUCCGGACGAGGAGCUGCCCUUGGAGCGCCUGGAGCAGCUGCUGCAGCGCGUGGAUGGCGAUGCAGCCAGUGCGUCAGAGGCAGGGCAGAGUGGUGCAUCUGCCAUGGAGGGAUGCUCUCCGCCAGGCAGGAGGCGACGAGGCAAGCCACCAGCGCCAGCCCGCCGCACCUCCCCCUUGUGCAGCCCCAACCCCGCCACACCGGUGCAGCGUUCUGCUCGCCCCUCACGGCAGUGCAAGGCAGUGGCCAACAGCCGCCUCAAGCAGCAGCUGGGAGGUCACAGCAGCGCCGGCAGACCCGCGGUCGGCGAGGCAGCGGUUGGGGAGAGUGAGGGAGUGGAUGCAGGGGAGGGGGUGGAGCAAGUGGGUAGGGAGGGACAGAGCACGGCAGCAGAUGUGCCGCCUGAGGCUCACAGCAGUGGGAGUGAGGAGGAGAGCGAGAGCAGUGAGAGUGAGGAGUAUGGGAGUGGAAGUGAGAGUGGAAGCGAGGAGGAGUACAGGGCGUCAGUGGGCAGACACCAGAGGGACGCGCGGGCACAGGAGCAGACUAGUGGGCCACGGCGAGUGGCGUCCGUGAUAGCUGCUGUGAGGAGGCGCAGGAGUAGCUGCAGCAGCAGUGGUGGUGGUGGUGGUGGCAGGGACGCGCCCAUCUCCAUCUCCACCGACUCAGACUCUCAAGACGUGAUCGAGGUGGUGGAGGUGGUGCCGGGGGUGGCAGGCACACACAGCAAGCGCGUGCAGCCCAAGGAGGAGGCAGAGAGCAUAUCUGAGGAGGUGGAAGAGGUGUUGGAGAAUGAGAGCGUGUGCAUGGCGGCAGGGCUCCACGCUGACAGCCCCAGUGUGGGCCGCACAGCACCAAGGGAUGACGCCUCCCCUGCAGCACGGGGGGCGGAGGGCUCCCCUGCGGCGUCAGUGGGCAGUGACGCCACGUCCUUUGCAUCGGCGCUGAGUGACGACCUCCUCCUGCCCUCGCCCUCGCCCUUGCCUGCUGCCAUGCCCGCUCGGCGUGCCGGUGCCAGGCAGAGGCGCUUCUGGGAGCGGAGAGGCGGCAGCCUCUGGCACGUUGCACUGCCCAGUGAUGCGCUGCAGCAGGUGCAGUGA